CAACAGCCUGUGUCACUGCAAAGGGCAAAGCCUUCUGAAAUAGCAACAAAGUUGUUCACAAACCACUUUGUGGUUUGCAUUUGGUUUCAGCCAGCUUCAGCAACUUGUUGCCAUGAGGAAAAUAACCUGCGCUUUCCUCGCCGGCCGGGGAAGGACCGCUGCCCUGUGAAGUGCUCCUGCCCCAAGGUGCAAAGAGGGUGGCAAUGGUACCUGGGCAGAGCACGGAGGACCUCGGCCAGCAGAGCCAGACGAUGAGAGCAGGGGAGGAUGAGGAGAGCAGCCGGGGCAGCCGCCGCAGCAGCCGCCGCCACCUCCGCAAGCUCCCGGCUGCAGCAGGCUGUGGAACAUUUACUUUUCUAUCUUCUGCUGUUGCUGCUGUAAGUGGACUUCUGAUGGGUUAUGAGUUGGGCCUUAUCUCUGGAGCUCUUCUUCAGAUGAGCAGCAUAUUAGCACUCUCUUGCAAAGAGCAGGAAAUCGUUGUAAGUUCCCUGCUUUUUGGGGCCUUAUUUGCAUCCCUUACUGGUGGAUUCCUGAUAGACCGAUUUGGAAGGAGACUUGCUAUAAUUAUUGCAUCUUCUUUACUUGUGUUGGGAAGUCUGAUUUUAGUCCCCUAUGAAUCAUAUGGGAUACUUAUUGUGGGACGGAUUGCCAUAGGUAUUUCCAUAUCAUUAUCAUCAAUUGCAACGUGUGUGUAUAUUGCUGAGAUCGCCCCACAGCACAGAAGAGGGCUCCUCGUAUCAUUAAAUGAACUCAUGAUUGUGAUAGGCAUUCUCUUUGCCUAUAUUUCAAAUUAUGCAUUUGCCAGCGUAUCUCAUGGCUGGAAGUACAUGUUUGGCCUUGUGAUUCCGUUAGGUGCUUUGCAGGCUAUUGCCAUGUAUUUCCUUCCUCCAAGUCCUCGGUUUCUUGUCAUGAAAAAUAACGAUGAAGCUGCAAGAAAAGUACUGGAGAGGCUACGGGAAACAUCAGAUGCUACUAAAGAACUUACUGUGAUCAAGUCUUCCCUGAAAGAUGAACAUCAGUAUAGUUUCUUGGACCUGUUUUGUUCAAAAAACAACAUGAGGACCCGAAUGUUGGUAGGACUCACUCUAGUCUUUUUUGUGCAAACAACUGGGCAACCCAACAUUUUAUUUUACGCAUCGACUGUUUUGAAGUCAGUUGGGUUCCAGAGCAACGAAGCUGCCAGCUUGGCUUCUACUGGAGUUGGAGUGAUUAAAGUGGUCAGCACAGUCCCAGCCACGGUUUUUGUGGAUCAAGUUGGAAGUAAAACUUUUCUGUGUAUUGGCUCUUCUGUUAUGGCAGUAUCGUUGGUCACUAUGGGCUUAGUGAACCGUAACAUACAUGUGAAUUUCACCAACGUCUGUAGAAGCCAGUCUCCAGAGGAUUUCUUUCUCCAGAGACCGAGAAACCUCACUGGUGUCACCAAUGGGAGUCUCAAGGACCUCUUUGCUAGCAUGGCUUCACCAGAAAGAUUGUCAUUUGACGCACAGAGAAGCCCAGAUGUUGCCAAGACAGGAGAACUGAACAGGACUGCCCUGGCAGGAGGCAAAAGCACAACAGGGUCUCAGAUGGAAAGUGGGGAGGUUCCUGUUGUCCUGAAAUGGCUCUCGCUGGCCAGCCUGCUUGUUUAUGUUGCUGCAUUUUCCAUAGGUCUUGGACCAAUGUCCUGGCUGGUCCUGAGCGAAAUUUUCCCUGGUGGGAUCAGAGGACGGGCCAUGGCUUUGACAUCUAGCAUGAACUGGGGUAUAAAUCUCCUCAUCUCCUUGACAUUUUUGACUGUAACUGAGCUCAUUGGCUUGUCCUGGGUAUGCUUCAUUUACACAAUAAUGAGCCUAGCAUCCCUGGCUUUUGUUAUUGUGUUUAUACCAGAGACGAAAGGAUGCUCUUUGGAGCAAAUAUCCAUGGAACUAGCUAAACAGAAAUAUGUGAAGACCCCCUUGUGCUGGGUGAGCCAGCGCAGAGAGAAACUGGUGCCGGUGGAACUCGCCAAGAGAGAGAAAGAGCAGCUCUACUAGACCCGGGUCAAUCAAAGCAGCCUUCACCAAAAGACUGAAGAAAAAAAAAAAAAAAAAAAAAUUCAGAAAAUGCUCACUCUUUGAUGGGACACAUGGUAUCUUUAUUAUACGCAAGAUAUUCUCUCUUUCAUUUCUUAGUAGAGCUUCCUUCAGUGGCAGUUUACAGCCAACGUUAAAGAUUGUUGUAGUUUGUAACUUACUGGAAAUCUAGGCUCCGUCUGUUUCAAACCACCAUCCCUCACCUCCCCCAAGAUUACUCACCUCUUACAUACAGGAGGUGAAUGGAAAUUCGAAUACUGUGAGCAAUUCUAGGUAUCCAUAUUCAACAAGAGUUCAGCCUGGAAGAGGUGCAAAGAAUGACUGGGGUGCCAAGGAGAAGGAGGAGUCUCACGGGAGGAGCCCACCAAAGACAGGUCUGUUUAGCCUAGCAAAAAAGGGGCUGAAAAGGGUUAACAACUCUCUGUUAGUACAUUAGGGAAGACAACACUAUGGAGCGAAAAUGGACAAUUAUGGAGCGUAAAGGAUGAUGUUAGUGCAGAACAACUGGGUAUGAACUAUUUACGAAUUAAUUUAGGCUUCAGCUUAACAAGACUUGGAAAAGGAUCUUGUUCAUCAGAACUUAAUUAUUUAUAACACAAAGCAUGCUCAGGUUAGAAGAGGAACUUUACAUAGUUUCCUAGAAGGGCCAGGAUUCAGUGACCUAGGAAAUACUCCUCAGAAAACAUAGUCAAAUUGUUUAAUGGGGGACAUCUGCAUAAUCAAUUACUCUAGAUUGAGGAUGGCCUUACGGAACAGGAGAUAGGAUUUCUUUGGCUUCCCAGUCCCAGGAAAGUUGGAAGCUGGAGGUACCAGAGUUGAUGCCAAAAUAAUUUUAUUUCUCAACACAGGGCACACUAGACUUUGACUUUUGGAUUCAGAAAGCGAGAAUUGUGUGAUACAGGGCAGCACGAAGGGAGUUCAGAAAUGGUAAUCACUGCAAAUCAUAAAUUACGUCAAAUUCUUGGUUAUUGCUUAGCAAGUGUAUCCUGAAGUACUGAACAAGUCUCUACAAAGGGCUAUCUACAUGGCUCCCAUAAAAGAACAUAGGUCUUUUUUUCCUAGAAGGUUAAUAGAUUUUGUUAGAAUGACCAGUAGAUAAAUACCUAUUAGCAGAUAAUAAAUGGUUCUUUGUUUAAAGAAAAAAGCAUGCUUUAAAAGCAUGCUUGCUGUCUCAGCAGCCACACAGCGGCAUUUCUUCCAGCAUUUAAUUGAGGAAGCAAGACUGACACUGCCAGCUGGAGUGCAGAUACUACUUCGAACUAAGCACAUGAUCCCACUUUAUUUGCUGUCUCAUAGCAUUAAAACCACCUGACUGUGUCCUGCACUGAAGGAACAGUAACUUACUGAGCUAGGUAAAGUUUUAUGUCUGAGCAGAGCAGAUCAGUUCUGAUCAGAUUCUCACAUGGUCACACUUCUAAAUACUGACACCGUAAAUUUAUAGGAGCAUGUCUGUUCAGACAGUGAGCGUGUGUUCAAAACCUGAAAAUAAACUAUUGAAGCCAAGGACAUGAUUUGCUAGAAGUCACUGGAAAUUUAGCUGCCUCUGGAUGGGAACCUACUGGCCAAAUCUGUACCACAACUUUCCUGCAUUGUAAGCAGGAAAUUUGAACGGUAUUUGAACCGAUACCAAAACCCUGUUGGACUUUUGGUACAAAGGUCGGGUAAAUAGUUAUCACAAUGCAGGAUUUUUAACUCUGCAGAUCCCAUGUCAUCUAAAAUGAGCGAAACUCUGAAUUGCUAGGCCACUGGCUAGCUGGUCAGCUUAUGGCUGCCUUAUUUUUUUCUGUCCUGAUCCUAGAGCCAGCAGUCCUCACAAUAACCUCAUGGGUGCCAUGAGACCGGGCUGCUUUCAGGGAUGCUUAUGAUACUAUGCAUAAGGCUCAGCAAGAUGCAAUUUUUGGCAUACACAACGUACCAAAGAUUAAGUAAAAUCUUCUCAUAAGGGUCCAUGUGAGCCCUUUUGACAUAGUCUAUAAGCAACGAGAGACCAAGCACACUCAGGACAUGUGGACAGACAGUGGGGCUAUGCACCUGAGACGUAGGUGACUCAGACCAAAGGCCCCAUCAGAAGCAGUAAACUCAAAAGCCUUUCGCUCUCAUUCUCUACGCGGAAUCGGCAGGUUCUCAUCCCAAGCUAAAAUUCCGCCCUGGAUCUCAGGUGCUUCCACCUUUUCUCCAGACGUGGAAAACUUUGGUUUCUAUUACUUUGAAUUUUCCAAUAAAAACUGAAGACCUGCUUAGAAUUUUGUUUGAGGUCUACAGUUCCAAUAUCGACCACAAGAGGCUAGGAGAAGAGGUCCCUUUGCCCCUGCAUGGGAGAAGGCCCACAGCAAAGAGUCUCCUUGUGCUUCCCUGACCUCAGCAGUAACAGUUUACUCCGCGCUGCAGCAGCAGGAAUUGGCAAAGGUAAGAGUACUCCUGUAACUUCUGCAAAUAGUCAGAAAAAGGAUGCAAAAUGCAUUAGAGCUCAGCCACGUAAAAGUUUCACAGCAGUGUGAAACGGGGAGAGCUGGAGAGCUGGAUUUGGAGCAGCGGGGGAGAAGCCAUGGAUGAGGAGGGCAUGCGAAACGCAAGGGGAGGUGAAGUCAGAGAUUGACUCUGGCGGUGGGGGGAAAGCGGCAGCUGAAGUUUUUAAGCGUAGAUGUUUCAUGCAUAGAAGGUUGAAUUUUUUACCUUAAAUUUCCACACUUAACUUGGAGGUGUGAGGAAUUCAACAACCAGAACAUGGCCAAAACCUACAAGAUUUGGUGGGGGUUUGGGGUUUUUUUGGGGGAAUCAGGAUCCUGAUUUUUGCACUUUCGGGAUCAGCUCACAUUGUGAUACACAGCCUGAAUUUCGUUUUUUUUAACCAUAGUAUGCUCAAGCAAAGAAUAGUUUUGAAAAAUAUCAAUGCCUUCUUGCUAGAGAAAACAACACAUUCUAUUACUGAAAUGGAAAGAAUAAUAAAAUAUGGGAUACAUGGUUGGUGCCAUGUGUUGCCUAAUGAG